AUGGUCUGGAUCAUACUGGUGAUGAGCGUAGCCGCAGAUGUAGAAGCCGAAGCAUAUGAAGAUAGCGAGAUAUUUUAUCAGGUCAAACAAGGUAUUUACAAAAUAUUAUUAAAGAAUAAAGGUUGAUUUUAGAUCGAUCACCGCUUGUAUAAACACGUGUGCAUGGGUCGGUUUUCCAAAAGCAAGAUUCUCUUCUGUCAGUUCUAUUAACAUAUUAACAAUAUUAUUGACUAGCGGAAUUCCAUUAUACCAGAAUUGCCUUGCCAAUCAAUUGUAGUAACGCCCCCAUACAGUAAACUUAGCUCUGUAUUUCUUUUAAAAAUCCCGUUUCAUUUACCCACGACAGCUUUAAUUGAUGAAUUGGAUUAUCCUAUAUACGACAAAAAUAGAAACGAUCUAUCAAAGAACGGAGCAUGCAUGAGUGAUGGGGAAUCGUAUACUAUAACGAUCCCUCAAUUGCAAGACCAUAUAUAGCUCGAACGAAAGUAAUCAGUCAGAAAAAUUGAUCAGAUCACUUUUAAUAAUAUUUUUCCAGGUAUUCGAUCUCAGCGCAAAGCUUUCAAAAGGUCAAGAGUGAUGACAGCAUUGGAUUGCGUCUUGUCUUGCUUUGGUGAAAAAACUUGCAAAUCUUUCAAUUAUGCUGAACCUACUUCUGUCAAUGAAGGUGAAGGGAAUUGCGAAUUACACAAUGAAACCAAGAAUGAUGAUGAAAAUUCAUUGCAAUUCCUGAAAGAUGAUAGAUACACCUUCUAUCAGAUACCUGGAGCAUCACACAAACCAGAAAACAACCAGACGACAGAAAAUGUACCUGAACAGGUAUAUAUCUAUCUUAAUUGUUGUAUAAAAAAUCAAAUUUCAUGCAAGGAGAAAGUCGCUUUCGUUGCCACAUUCUUGUCACUUCUGCAACAAAGGUUCAUGUAACAUGCAGUUUUCUACUCAUAACUUCCCCUCUUGAGCUGCGCGGUUAACUGAAAGAUUCGGUUAGUCCGGUUGUUUUCUUAGCACCGGAAGUCGGCACCGAGCUUGCGCAAAAGAACCGGUUGUUUCGUUUUUCAAGUGUUGCUCUCACUUCCUUUAACUGAGGAAAAUGAAAUGAAAUUUUAAAGGAAUUUUAAGUUCUGUUCCAAUAUUACCAAAAAAGGCCUUACUUGGUCUUUAAAAAAGGCGCAAACAAAGACAUUUCCCUUUUGCUUUAUUCCUUCCGUCUAUCCCAUAAUCAAUGCCAUAAUCAAUGAGAUGUUUUUAUUUCAUUUAACUUGUUUAAUUCGAAGUUAUAUUACAAUUUAGUGAGCAAAUGGUUUGAAUUGUUUUCUUUUAAAAAAUACCGAAACCAACACCGAACCAAGGCUCUUCCACCCCAAAAAGACCGAAACAGAGAUGAAAUUUCUGGAACCGCACAGCUCUAUUCGCCUCAGUAGCAAGAGAGGAGAAUUAAGUGGGGUUUCAUUAUAGGGACCGCUAUAUAGAAACAGAAGUUAAGUACCUAUAUAUGGCAAUUUUAUUGUUACAAGCUGUCAGCUGACAAUUCUGAGAGUUUAGGCAUUGGUGAACAAAAAUUUAUGUUGGAUCUGAUGUUGAGUAUAGUUGAGGCAGGUAAUUUAGUAUGAUUUUCGUAGCCGAUUUUGAGUUUAAUGCACUCAAAAUGUGGAGAAUGCACUACAAUUAAUGCUAUUAAGUUACUAUUCUGCUAAUUUUAAACUCUUUUGACUUAAAAUCGGCUACCAACUUUUUAAUAUUGUAAUUUUAAUACUUGAAAUAUUGUAAUUUUAGUCAAUAUAGUAUUUUAAUAAAUAUUAAGUACCAUUUAAAACAUGAAUACCGAAUGUUUUAAAUUGCUUCAAAAACGAUCGAUUUAGUAAGUUCAUUGGCGUUCAUUUCCUCAUGAAUUAUUGAAUAACAGGUAAAAUAUUUGAAUUUUCAAAUGUUUCGCUAUAAAGCUAAGAUCAUGUAGACAUGGAAACAUAUAUAUAGUCUUGUUCAACAAUAUUUAAAGUUAGCCGAUCGUCUAAAACUUAUAGCAUUUCUACUAUGCAUAAAAAUGCUUGAUGUUUUAAACGUCCUUCUAGGCAAACAAACCUGCCUCAAACAGCAAAAGUUGUCUUGACCAUUUCAACCAUGGUAGUAAAACAUCGGGCAAUUACACCAUCUUUGAUUCGCAACAAAAACCUCGCACAGUGUAUUGUGAUAUGGAGUCGGAACCGGGAUCUGUUUGGACCCUCGUUAUGUCCUUCGCAAGAGCAAACAAAGAUUUGGAGUCGUUCAGACACAAAGCAAUGUAUGAAGAUGCUCCAGCGAACAAGUAUUCUCCAAACUGGUGCAACUACCGAAUGAGCCUGGAUCAAAUGACCGACCUGAAGAACAAGACAAGUCACUGGCGAGCUACAUGCAGUUUUCCAACAUACAGAUUGGACAUCCACACUGACUACGUGCGAGCUGGUUUCAUAGAUUUUGAUCUCAUGGGUGAAUUUUGGGGUGAAUGCAAGAAAGUCAAUUAUAUUAGUGUCAUGAAACAGAGUUGCUCAGAAUGUACCUCGCACUGGUGGCAGGGAGCUGGCGAUGGUGACCGCUAUACCCAGCACCUAGCAACUAUAUAUGGAAGUCCAUGUGAUAUAAAAGGUGAUCGAAGUGGAAUUGUCUAUUUUGGUGCGUACUACAGCUACAACACGGCAUUUCGUUGUACAGCUACUUCUGACUCGACAACAAAUUACUGGUUUGGAUCUUAUGUGUGA